AUGGCACCGCGUUUGGGGGUCUUUCUGAUCUGGGCUGGCACGUCUAUAUUUCUACAACUGGACCCUGUGAAUGGAGAUCGUGAAACCCUAAGAGCCGAAGAUGCGAACAAUGCCUUUCUUCUUUCAGAUAAUGAAUGUGUUUUCCCAUUCAUCUAUGGAGGCAUAAAGUAUUUUGAUUGCAUUCUCCAUGGUGCCACAUUCUAUUGGUGUGCUCUAAAUGCAGAUUACAUAGGAAGAUGGAAAUACUGUACUAGGAAAGACUAUGCCAAAUGUAGCUUUCCCUUUAUCUAUCGAGGCAAAAUAUAUGAAAAUUGCACAAAAACUGGGAGUUUGCUUUGGUGGCAUUGGUGCUCACUCACUCCAGACUACGACCGGGAUAGAGCUUGGAAGUACUGCUAG